UCAAAUUCGGAUAUCAAUCAAAAUGGCAAUAGCAGUACGAACUCACAGGACAACGAAGCUCUUCGGCAGGGAAAGGCCACUGCAUGAUGCCCUAGGUGGACACAAAGCUGCAGACAUCAUCCUGUGGAGGGACAAGAAGGUGUCGGCGUCCAUCCUCGCCGGCGCAACGGUGGCAUGGUACCUCUUCGAGGUGGCGGAUUACCAUUUCCUGACGCUGGCCUGCUACCUCGCCAUGCUCGGCAUGCUCGUCGUCUUCAUAUGGGCCAAUGCUUCUUCUUUCAUGAACCUGCCGGCUCCAAGAAUCCCUGAGACUGUCAUGUCUGAGAGAACCACCAGGCAAGUGAUCCUGGCAUUGCACAGCAGGCUAACCUGGUUCGUGCACAGGCUCUACGACAUUGCUUGUGGAAAGGACAUCAAAAUGUUCAUCUUGACGGUGCUCUCCCUGUACAUAGCGUCACUGAUAGCAAGCUGCUUCAGCUCCCUGACUCUACUGUACCUAGUUGCACUAGGCACCAUGACGCUGCCAGCGCUGUACGAGAAUUACGAGAACGAGGUCGACCACCUGGUCUCCACGGCCGUGCACGAUCUCAAGAGCCACGUCGGCGAGAUGGAUUCAGGCGUUCUGAGGAAGAUCCCAAGAGGCAGAGGAGCCACUGCAAAUUGAGCUGAUCAGUAACUAAUCAAUCGAGACCGAGACUCAAUUUAAGACAGCAUCCACGACGACUACCUUAAUACAUUACAAGCAUUUGAUGAUAUGUACAUAUAACGCUCCUUAAAACCGGAUUAAGAACCCGAUCCGUGCUUGUAUAUCUGAAGGGGAAGACUGAUCCAAAGCUGGUCUUCCACUGUUCAUGUAAAACACACACAGCUUUCGUUUCCGGUUCUUUUCA